AUGUUUAGAUGUUCAUUGAAGUACUUGAGUCAAUUUCUCUUUUGGAUUUCUUUCGUCAACAUACUCGUAUCAACUCAGGGUUUUAAGAAACCGAGUUUUCACUCCGUUAGCAAUACGAGUUUUGCUGUUAGAAAUGAAUCUACAUCUAAUGAAACGCAUGGCAGCAUUAUAUUUCCGGAUCAUUUUUUUAGUACAAAUUUUUUAUUCGUACCGAAAAUCACGGAGAAGUGCAAAAGGCUGGGUAUUUGCGAAGACAUUCCUAACUAUCCCGAACAUCAUAUCGAACGACUGUUGGAAAGGAGGAAACUAUUCAAUCGGACUAAAAUUAACGUGGUAAAUGAGGUUCUGAAACCCAAAUUCGGCCUAAAGUUUGGACCCGAAGAAGAUUUUUUGGAACUGUGCAAAUCUACAGAAAAGCUUGUCGCACCCCGAGCAGCGAAAGACAUUAAUAACAAGUGGUAUUUUAUUUUGAAUAGAGAGAAGGAACCACAACAAAAGUUUCGAGUUGAAAUCUGCGCGAAACAGAGUGCACCUUGCUCCCCUGUCGCCCACUUCGCUCAAGGUUAUCGAGGAAGGUGCAUUCAGAAAUACGUGCUGCGUAUAAUGACAGCCAUCGAUAAGUACGGUGACAUAAUUGAGAUGCCGUUUCGUGUCCCUAGCUGUUGCUCCUGUGUUUAUAGAGUAAAUAGCAUAUACCUAUAA